AUGCUCAUAGUUCAACGGCUUGUAAAAGAAAUAGACCAACACCUCAGAGACGAACAAGCAGGAUUUAGAGCUGGAAGAGGAACAACAGAGCAGAUAUUUCUACAGGGGAAUAUACUAGAGCAGGCCAGAGAAUGGAACUCCAGCGUAUAUACUUGUUUUAUAGACCUUGAAAAGGCCUUUGACAGCCUGCACCAAGACACUCUGUGGAAGAUCACGAAUCACUACGGAUUACCAGACAAAUUCAUCAGAUUGGUUCAAUGCUUAUGUAGCGGUCAGCCGGGUUCGAUUGCCGGUGGCCAGAAGCUCAGCACCAUUGACACCAGAGGUACCACAGAAUACAUCAGAAGGAGAACAGGCCACGCAAGAUCUGCCUACAACAAACUGAUAGCCUUCUGGAAUAACUCCCAGAUUGGAAAGAAAACGAAGAUAAGAUUGUUCAAUUCUAAUGUGGUCUCGGUUCUACUCUACAGCAAUGAAACAUGGAAAAUGACAAAGGGUGAUGAGCAAGUCCUUGAUACCUUCCUACACAAGAGCCUAAGCAGGAUCCUGCAGAUAUACAAAAGUACGAAACAAGAUAGCGAGAGAAAGAGCAGGAAUAGAGCCCAUUAG